UGGAAGAGGGAAGGAGAGAGAGAAAGUGAGAGAGAGAGAGAGAGACAGAGACGGCCUGAGGUCUCGAGGAAAAGCAGUACGCUGAAACGGUGAGGAAUGGCGACAAUGCAGGCCAGGACGGCACGUUAGGGCUGGUUUGGACUGGACUUAAUGUGAACCAAGCCGGAGUGUGCGAGUGUUUCUGCGCAUGAGGAUCUCUGGAAACAUGGUCCUGUGUGAAUGUGAGGUACACCUUCCGUAGUCUGUGUAAGAGAGCUUGAGCUUGAAUGACUUACGUUUUGUGCUAGUGUGUUUGAGAGAGAGAAGGGGGGGUCCUUUCAUGGAUAGGGUCAUCUGGCUAUGGGCGGGUGUCAGAGUUAUAGUGGCUCUGCUGAUGAAGCUUCGAACACUCUGACUACAAACUACAGUGACAUCAGCAUACUUAAACUGAAAAACAAUAACGUUAAAACGGCUCCGUCUCUAGAGGAGAAGCCAUACCUGCAGGAAUGCUUCCUGAGAGAGCACAUCACUGACAUUAACCUGCUGACUCUCGCUGCUCUGCCACACAACUUGGACCGGCACGAAUGGAUGGCAUUUAACACUAUCUCUUUCUUUCAGAAUAUCAAUCUAAUUUCUAGUGCCCUCUCAGAAUUCUGCACCUCAACAACAUGCCCAACAGCCAGAGGCCCAGGAAACAAGGUGUAUGAGUGGACGGAUGAGCAGGGCAGGAAGCUGAAGUGUUCAGCUCCCCUCUACACAGACUACACCAUGUCCUACAUCCAGGAAAUACUUACAGAUGAGGAUGUGUUUCCCACAAGGGCAGAUGCUCAUUUCCCAAAUGGAUUCAUAUUCCUGGUUCAAAAAGUGUUCGUGCUGUUGUUCCGAACCCUCGCCCACCUAUACAGCGCACACUAUCGAGACGCCAUCACCAUGGAGAUACACCCUCACCUCAACACCCUGUUUACACACUUCAUCACGUUCAGUCACGCAUUCAGACUGCUGGAGCCCUCGGAGACAGCCCCACUCGAGGAUCUGAUCACAAUUCUGACACACUAACACACACAAGGACAUCCUCAAAUAUACACCAACUAUUGGAGCCAGCUAGAUAUCAGAUUGCUCUCUGUACUUUAGACUGAAAAAAGGUUCAGUGUUCAUAGUGGAUUCAAACUCAGACAUUAGCUGGAGAGUGCUGUGGGCCCAUCAAGCCUGGCAAUGCUGGUCGCGGACUUACACUCACACACCUGGUGGACACCACUCAUAAGGUCCGUAGUGAGAGGCUGAAAAAGGAAAGAGACAGCCGUGAACGUUUCUGCCUUGUCUCGUUCAUUAGUCAUGAGAGACAGUAGAUGUGGAUGUGUGUGUAGUGUGCAGAUAACAUUCCUUUCUUCACUUUGGGGCAUGUAGAUAUGAAGUCGGUCACACCAUUAAAAAUGAACUCACGCAAAGUAAUCACUCUUUCUCAUAUGGAUUGUAAAUCUGUUUGAAUCAGGUAUCUGGUCAGAUAGGUUUAAAAAGUAAUAAGGACCAUUUACACACACGCACACACAGAGAACAUUUGCCCAUAUAUCAUGUAUGAAACUAUUUAUAAUAUUUGUGACCUCUUGUUUUUCUCUUAGCAUUCGUAUACUAUAACAUAUGUUAAUAUGUUAUGCCGAUAAUUCUGAAUCUGUCCUGUUUCCUCUUAUGUAUUUAAUUCAUAUACCCGCUAUACCACACAAGCACACUACAAACACUACCACACAGGUACACACUUACCUGCUGUUACAUGAAUAAAGACUUCGAGAAGUU